GUGGGCGGGAGAAGGUGGGUGAGGCAUGGCUGGGCGCCCCCCCGGGCCAUGCUGCGGUGGCCUGCGCCCCUCGUUCUGUGGCCGGCCUGAGCCGUGCCCCGCAGCCCCUUCAGGAGGGCCCGGCCGGGCCGCUGCCGCCUGCCGGCUCCUCAGGGCCGCGGCGGGCGCUGGCAGGGCAGGGGAGCGGGGCCCGGGGGCCGGCCGUGCCGUGACCGCGCUGCCGCCGCCUGGCAGAGCCCUGCUCCCGGCCGUGCUGCUCGGCGGGGCCGGGCAGGGAGCGCGGCUCUCCCCGGCUCAUCCCCUUCACCUCACGGCACCCCGAGCUCGGCUUCCCCUCGGGAGGCGGGAGCGGAGCCCGGCUUCCCCGGGUAACCCCGGAGGUGCCGGCCGGGCAGGCUGCGGGCAGGGAGGGUGCUGAGCAGAGACCCCGUCCGCCCAGAACAAACCCUGCCAGGCUGGCCAGUGUUCCCCGCUGCGGGAAGCUGGUGUCCCGGGGGUUUGCUGGCCGGGUGGGAGAGGUGGCAAGCGAGACAUGGCAAGGUGUGGUGUUUCCAGUGUGGUGGUCCGAGUGGGGAGGUGGAAGGGUCUUGCAAUCCGGCAGCAGGCACCCACCGUGCUGCGGACUGCAGCUGGCAGCGGCUUGCUGCCAAACUGGCAGCAGAUGCGCUGAGGCACCGUGGAGGCUUCGCUUGGGCUUUGGUAUGGGCAGCGUUUCCAUCGGUGCCUUGGAGGUACUUGUGUACGUCCCUUGGAGCGUGCUGUGCUAUGGGGGCUUGUCUGAAUGCAGGAGGGUUUGAGCUGUAGAAGUUCAUUCAGUAAAAAGCCAAGUACCGCAGGCUAUGUUCAAAGAGUUGGCUGUCCCAGCGCAGCAGGGUGCCUGCGAUGCAGGAGGUGAGGUGGUCUUGUCUGCACGGGGUUUUGGAUACCAUGCGCUGGAGAGGAGCCGCCGCUUGGGAGAAACCUCAGGAGGCAUUUGGAGAGCGUGACCUGUAAGGGACAGCCAGAGGGACUGGAUUCCUUUUAGAGAAGAGAAAGAGAAGCUUUCACACCUGUUAACACCUGCACGCAUCUCUCAGGGGCUGCUGAACUGUCAUGGGGAACACCACCAGUGAGCGAGUGUCUGGGGAGCGCCAUGGCUCCAAGUCCCAUCGCUCGGAUGGAUCCGGUGCCCCCCACCCUGCCAAGGAGCACCCACACAAGAUCAUGGUGGGCAGCACUGAUGACCCCAGUGUUUUCAGUACCCAUGACUCCAAGAUUCCUGGGGACAAGGAGUUUGUGUCAUGGCAGCCAGAUCUGGAGGAGUCAGCGAAACCAUCCCAACAGGCUCGUCCCACUGUCAUCCGCUGGGCCGAUGGAGGCAAAGAAGUCUUCAUCUCCGGAUCUUUCAACAACUGGAGCACCAAGAUCCCGCUCAUCAAGAGCCACAAUGACUUUGUCGCUAUCCUGGACCUCCCAGAAGGAGAACACCAGUACAAAUUUUUUGUGGAUGGCCAGUGGGUCCAUGACCCAUCCGAGCCAGUGGUCACCAGCCAGAUGGGGACAAUUAACAACCUGAUUCACGUCAAGAAGUCUGACUUUGAAGUCUUCGAUGCUUUGAAGGUGGAUUCCCUGGAGAGCUCAGAAACCUCAGACUUAUCAAGUUCACCGCCUGGACCUUAUGGCCAAGAGAUGUACGUAUACCGGCCUGAGGAGCGCUUCAAAUCCCCACCCAUCCUCCCACCUCACCUCCUCCAGGUCAUCCUGAACAAGGACACCAAUAUCUCGUGUGACCCAGCACUGCUGCCCGAGCCCAACCACGUCAUGCUCAAUCACCUCUACGCGCUCUCCAUCAAGGACGGAGUGAUGGUGCUCAGCGCCACGCACCGCUACAAGAAGAAGUACGUCACCACGCUGCUGUACAAGCCCAUCUGAGCUGGGGCCUCGCCCGCCCCCCCACGCAGGACACGAAAUGCCGCUUUGUCUGCACACACUGGGCCACGGGACUGUGUGAGAACUGGCUGCUGGCUCCAGCCUCAAACCUGGCAGGGACACGGGCCCCAUCCUACUGGUGUGGUUUGAUUUAACCCUUGGUUUCCGCCCAACUACAGCUCCCCUUGGCUUCUGUGAGUCUGGGGGCCACUUGGACGCUCACCAGAAUAGCCUUUCCUUGUGCCCAGCACGGAAACGGCUUCACCCUGCCCUUCUUCUCUGGCCUACAAGGUCCUGGCACUGCCCCCAGCCCAGGCCUCCAGGACCGUGUCCUGCUUGCCGAAGGUUGCUGUGCUAUUGAUGAAUCUCCAAGGCCACCUUGAUCCCCAGGGGCUCUGGGGCACCCCAGCCUGCCCCACGUCCCGCAGCCCUGGCUGUGGGGCUCCCCAGCUUGGAGGAGGGCGCUGGGCUCUGGCUGCAGCCCCGGCCCUCUGCCAGGUUCAGCACUGAGCCAGCAGGAGGGAGGGUACAGCCGGACGCAGCCACGCUUACCUGCCACUGGGACAGCACCGACAAGGACCGCGCGCCCCGUCCCCAGCAUCGUCCCCAGCAUCGGCAGGAUUUGCCACAGCCGGAGGGGCACCUGCGCACACCCACGCUGGAGGGGGCCUGGGGAGAGCGGAGCAGAGCAGCUGCCCCCGGUCCCCGGCCGCACCACCUGCUGCCGGAGCAGUGCCAUGUGACAGGGUUUUCUCUAUUUAUUACAGUAUUUAUUGUUCUCCAUGCUGCUGGCUUGGUGUUGGAGGGGGACCCCGGAGAGGAGGAGAGGGA